AGGCGGGUAGUCGUGUCAUUGGCUGGGGCCCCCGCCCCGGGCGAGAGGCGGAGGAGGAGGGGCCGGAGAGUUUGGUUGAGCCGCAGCUGUUUGUCUGUUCGGCACAGGCUCGGGCCCGACGGGGGACACGGAGCCCCAGGACUGUUGAAGCCUGGAGGUCCCCUCCCCUCCCCCUCCCCCCUUUGCCGCUCUGUGGCACCCCCCUCCCUCCGCCCUUGCCCACUCUGACGUCUAGCCAUGACUAGCAGAAGCACAGCAAGGCCCAACGGGCAGCCCCAGGCCAGCAAAAUAUGUCAGUUCAAAUUGGUCCUGCUUGGUGAAUCUGCGGUGGGGAAGUCUAGCCUGGUAUUACGUUUUGUCAAAGGGCAGUUCCAUGAGUACCAGGAGAGUACUAUUGGAGCGGCCUUCCUCACCCAGUCUGUCUGCCUAGAUGACACAACAGUCAAGUUUGAGAUCUGGGACACAGCUGGGCAGGAGCGAUACCAUAGCUUGGCCCCUAUGUACUACAGAGGUGCCCAAGCUGCAAUUGUGGUUUAUGAUAUUACUAAUCAGGAAACCUUUGCCCGGGCAAAGACAUGGGUAAAGGAGCUACAGCGACAGGCCAGCCCUAGCAUCGUUAUUGCCCUGGCGGGGAACAAAGCUGAUCUAGCCAACAAGCGCAUGGUGGAGUACGAAGAGGCCCAGGCGUACGCAGAUGACAACAGCUUAUUGUUUAUGGAGACUUCAGCUAAGACAGCUAUGAACGUGAACGACCUCUUCCUGGCAAUAGCUAAGAAGUUGCCAAAGAGCGAACCCCAGAACCUGGGGGGUGCAGCAGGCCGAAGCCGGGGUGUGGAUCUCCACGAGCAGUCCCAGCAGAACAAGAGCCAGUGUUGUAGCAACUGAGGGGGCGGCUAGCAGCGAACGAGUCUGGAGCUAGCACGAGAGCUAAGAAAUAACCUCUGUCCCCACCCCUCAGCACACAGCCCCUAUGGUAACAGCACACUGAGCCCUGGCUCCCAAGGGCUGCCUCCUGACAGCUCCGUCUUGGCACUUUUUAACGCUUCAGCAACCGACACCAGGCAGCUGUUGCCACUGGCCUCUGACCCCCUACGGUGGGGCUUGGGGGUCAGAUCCCCGGGACUUACCUUCCAAAACAAACUUUCUUCACUGUGUAUUAUAGGUGCAAGACAGUGACCUGCGUCUCUUUCCUUCUCUUCCUCAUUUUUCCUGAAAAUGUUUUUUGUCUCCCGCCUCUUCCCCUUCUGCUUUUGUCAGUCCCUGCUGUUGACCCCCUUUUCCUCCUCUCCCCAGGAUGGAGAAGGUCGUGGUUCCAGGAACUGAGGAAGGAAGUUUUCAGUCCAGUCCUGUAGAGGGCUCUGGGGGGCGGAGUAUAGGGCUCAGAGCAGGAGGGAGUAAGGAAACAUUUUCCUUUUUUUAU